GAUCAGCAGGACCGAACACCCCCUCCCCCCCAAAGCAGCACAGCGAAAACCGCCACAAUGUCCAGCACUCCUCCAGAAGCCGCCAACGGGUUCGAGGAGAAGGUACCGACGGCCGAGGAGGUGACUCCUCGGCUUCGUCGUGCGUCCAUCUUCGGCGAGAAGUCACCCGGUGUCGUGCGCAUCGAGGCCAUCUCCACCGUCAUCACCCGCUUCGACCGCAUCUUCAUCUUCAUCGGCGUCUUCAUCAUCGCCUACGCCUACGGGCUCGACGGCACGCUCCGGUACACCUACCAGCCCUACGCCACGUCCUCGUUCGGGUCGCACUCGCUACUCGCCGCAGUCAACGUGCUGCGGUCCGUCAUCGCCGCCGCCGCCCAGCCCACGGCUGCUAAGGUCGCCGAUGUCUUCGGCCGCGUCGAGCUCAUCUGCCUGUCCAUCUUCUUUUACAUCAUCGGCACCAUCGUCGAAGCCGUCGCCACCGACAUUGAGACGUUUGCCGGCGGCGCCAUCAUCUACCAGAUCGGCUACACCAUGGUGAUCCUGCUGCUCGAGGUCAUCAUCGCCGACAUCACCUCGACCCGGGCGCGCCUGCUGUUCAGCUACGUGCCCGCGCUUCCAUUCAUCAUCAACACGUGGGUCAGCGGAGACAUCGCCACCGCCGUUCUGGGCAAGACGACGUGGAAGUGGGGCAUCGGCAUGUGGGCCAUCAUCUACCCAGUCUGCGCGCUGCCGCUCAUCACCAGCCUCGUGAUCGUCGGCCGCCGGGCGAGGAAGUCGGGCGUGCUGGACAGCUACAAGACGCCGUUCGCCAUGCUCGGCUGGAAGGAGUUCGUCAAGCAACUCUUCUGGCAGCUCGACGUGAUCGGCAUCAUCCUCGUCAUCGCCGUCUUCGCGCUCAUCCUCGUGCCCCUGACCCUUGCCGGCGGCUUCCACGACAAAUGGCGGGAGGCCCACAUCAUCGCGCCCCUCGUCAUCGGCAUCUGCUGCAUCCCCGUCUUCCUCCUCUGGGAGCUCUGGGCCCCGCACCCCAUGGUGCCCUUCCGGCUGAUGAAGGACCGCGCCGUCUGGGGCCCCAUGGGCAUCGCCAUCCUGCUCAACUUCACGUGGUACAUGCAGGGCGACUACCUGUACACGGUGCUGGUGGUGGCCUUUGACUUCUCCAUCACGUCGGCGACGCGCAUCACGUCGCUGUACUCGUUCGUGAGCGUCAUCACGGGCGCCGUCCUCGGCCUGAUCGUGUACCGGGUGCGACGGCUCAAGGUGUUCAUCCUCGGCGGCACGAUGCUCUUCCUGGUGGCCUUCGGCCUGCUGAUCCGCUUCCGCGGCGACGCCAGCAGCUCGAGCCAGUCGGGCGUCAUCGGCGCGCAGGUGCUGCUCGGCCUUGCCGGCGGCAUGUUCCCCUACCCGGCGCAGGCGUCGCUGCAGGCCUACCUCAAACACGAGCACCUCGCCGUCAUGACGGGCCUGUACCUGGCGACCUACAACGUCGGCUCGGCCUUUGGCAACACCGUCUCGGGCGCCAUCUGGACCCAGGUGCUGCCCCGCGAGCUCGACGCGCGCCUGUCCGGCCUCAACAACGACACCCUCGCCCUACUCACCUACGAGAACCCCUUCGUCAUCGCCGCCGAGUACGCCGUCGGCACGCCCGAGCGCGACGCCAUCAUCGAGGCCUACAAGCACGCCCAGCGCCUGCUCACCAUCACGGGUAUCUGCCUGUGCGUGCCGCUCAUCGCCUUCGCGUUCACCCUCCGGAACCCGAAGCUCAACGAUAAGCAGAACCUGGUCGAGGACAGCGAGUCGGAGCAGAGCAUCGUCGUCUAGGUAGCUUAACAGCCAUACUCUUUUUUUCUCAUCCUUUUUUCCCCCUUCUUCCUUUUAUUUUGGGACAAAAGAAAAACGACGGCGUCGGAGCUUAAGAAACGCCACGCUUGGAACGGGCGCUGGGCUGGUGAGGGCGG